CGAUUAUGCCACUAUCAGUUUUUAUUCGUUAUUUUCAUAAUUUCACUCAUAAGCUAUUUCACCAUCAUGUGGAAAAACGAAACAACCAGCAGUUAUCUAGUGAUGGUUGUUACAAAACGAACUCCCAACUCCCAAAAUGGAGUGGAAAUUCAAACUUAGUUGAUAUUACAUGGAGCGAUUAGUUGAAGCUUUUCACCUACGAACAAAGACGAAAUUUAAGGUUUUCGACUGCCAACUGAAAGAAAGAUAUUCCUCAGUACCUUGGAAAUUAACCAUUUUCGUGGACGUCUACCAUAUCGAAAGCCCAGGUUAUGAGUCUUGAUUUUGUUGCCGGGUGUGUCGGAGGGAUUGCUGGAGUGAUAGUAGGCCACCCUUUGGACACCGUGAAAGUCCACUUGCAGACGCAGGACCACAAUGCGCCCAAAUACCGAGGCACGAUCCACUGCUUUCGCUCGCUGAUGGCCAAGGACUGCCUCAAGGGUCUGUACAGGGGCGUCAGCAGCCCGAUCGUAGGAGUCGCGGGCAUCAACGCCGUCGUUUUUGGCGUCUACGGCAACACUCAGAGGCGUCUCAGCGAUCCUGAGUCGCUCAGGUCGCACGCUCUGGCAGGAGCUGCUGCUGGGCUGUUCCAGAGUUUUAUUUGCAGCCCGAUGGAACUAGCUAAAUCCAGACUGCAGGUAUCUGAUAAGGUUGGCAAUAAUCCAUUGGAAUGCUUGAAGAAAAUAUACGGCUCUGAAGGUAUCAAAGGGCUUUCCAGGGGCCUGGGUUUGACGAUAGCCAGAGAGAUUCCUGGAUAUUCUGCCUAUUUCUUCACUUAUGAACUCCUCACUAGAACUGAAGAUGAAGGACCUAUUUCCACAGGACGGAUGCUUUUUGCAGGAGGAUUCGCAGGGGUGGUUUCCUGGACAGUGACAUACCCGGUGGACGCUAUAAAAAGCAGGAUCCAAGUCGACGGCAUAACUUCGACUAAAUACGCAGGCGCGUACGACUGCCUCAAAAAAACAGUGAAAAGCAGCGGAUUGACGUCCCUUUUCCGAGGUUUGACGCCGACGCUGGUGAGAGCGUUCCCUGUCAACGCCGUCACUUUCGCCGUCGUCACGUGGACAGUCAGGAUCCUCCAAGGGGACGCUUUGGGGAAGUUCGGGGGGAACGAAUUUGGGUGGUCGGAAUUUCUGGGGAGACUGAGUGUAUCUGAGAAGUCACUCGUUUGUGGAAGGGAAGAGUUCAUUUGAUAAAGCUUUAACUGAUGAUUGG